UUGCCUGGCAACCGCGGCUGGGUCUGCAAACAGGCGGCGGCGCGCGCUGCUGGCUCUGCUGUGCAGGUGCUGCCGCCCGGCCGCAGGAUGCCGCCUACCCGGGACCCCUUCCCUUCCCCCCGCUGUGAGAACGAGGACACCUUCACCGGCCGAGCCAGGCGGAGCCAGGUAAGCCCUUAUGCUGAGCCCAUCCAUCUAGUCCAGCAACGGGACCCUUGGAAUCGCCUGCACAGAACACCUACGCUGUCCAGCACCAGGAAGGAAGUCUGGUAUAUGGAACCUGAGGUUCCCAGAGACAGCCUGGAUUUUAAGCUCACCUCACUCUACAACCACCACAAGGAGCUGCUCCAAGACAAGAACCAAAUAGUCAUCCACAAGGAGACCCUCUUUGAUGACCAUGGAACACUGAAGGGUCUUGAGCCUGUGGAGGAACCCAAGCCACCCCCACUGGAGUGCCAAAAAACCAGGGGUCUGUCUGUGAGAUGCUGGGUCAGCCCCACAAAGGAAUCGAUCCAUAGCAUCGAGGGAGCCAUUGGUAAGAGCACCAGAGUGUCCCCACACGGCUGCCACCAAUAGCGGAUACUCCCGCAAAGAGAAUGGCAGUUUCUUCUCUCAGUGAGAAGCUCUCUGGCUCGUGCCCGGCAUUUGAGACUCUGGACCCACUUCCUACUGGAGUGAACUGUCUGGUCUGCAUGCAUUAAACCUCUCUGGUCAGCAAAGCUUGUCCAGAAAAACACAACCAUGAACAGAGAGAGAUUUUAAUUUAAUUUCAAUCUUGGUUCCCUAUCCUUUUUGCUGCACUCAAUCCUUCUUGCUGGGUAACUUGCCUGUGAGCCAGAAAAAUCAGAUCUACACAGGAUCUCAGCAGCAACUACUGACUAAUGCGGGGGGGAGGGGGCAAUAAUUUCUGAAAGAGGGGCCACUUUGCAAAUUUCUGAGGUGGUCCCAAGCUGCCCCAGAAAGAGCAGCACCAGGAGACUUCCCAUGCUCCCCCACCCACAGACACACAUUUACCUGGAGGAGUGUGUGAAGUCUUUGCCCCCGUCUCCUAGAGAGAACCACCAGCUGUUUUGAACAGCUGGCAGUUCUCUCUAGGCACAUGCUCACCCUGCCCCCAGGCCUGGGGGCAGAGUGCAUGAAAUCUUUGCCCCAGCCUCCACCUUGCAAAGAGUUCACAGCACCAACUAUUCAAAACAGCUGGUGGUUCUCUGGUGCCGCACACCCCGGACAGGUGGAGGAUACUUCAUGCACUCCCCCAUUCCCAGGUCUCAAUUGGCCUGACGGCAGGGGAGUGGUACGGUGGCCGUGGGCUGGAUCAACCAGCGUGGAGGGCAGCAUUUGGCCUGCAUAGGCUGUCUUGCCCACCCCUGAACUAAUGCAUCAACCCAGAAUAUGUUAUACUGUUUCUCCACCUCCAACGCAAUGUGGCUUCAGUCAAACACCCAGUCUGGUCUUCUAAUUCUUGGGGCCAAUGUGGUGUUCAGCACCCACAAGCUUCAACAAUGCUUGUAGGAACAGAGGGUAUGUCUAGACUGCACACCUCUGCCGACAUAGUCAAUGAAGCAGGGAUUUAAAUAUCCCUGGCUUCAUUAAAAUAAAAAUGGCUG